UGCAGCAUCGCCAUGUGGAUGAGCUGCGGUGCGUAAGGUCCUAUGUGUUCAGUGAGCAGUAGAGUGUUUCUGAUUACAUUAUUUUAUACAAGAAAUUAAUGAUAAAUCAAUUAUGCCUGAAUUAGAAUUAGAACAUGUUCAGCUUGGGUUCGUUGGUGCUGGUAAUAUGGCCCAAGCUAUGGCGUUCGGAUUUGUAAAAACUGGACUUUUAACUGCUGACCGUGUUUUUGCAAGUGCACCCAGUGAUAGAAACCUUGUGAAAUGGAGGGCAAAAGGCAUGAAAACCACAAAUGAUAAUCGAGAAGUGGUAAGGACCUGCAACAUGGUGUUCCUGGCCUGUAAGCCCUACCAGCUUGGUGAUGUUCUAGCAGAGAUCAAAGGAGAGAUCUCAGAGGAUAAGCUCCUUUUAUCUGUAAUUGCUGGGAUGGAUAUAAGCUUUAUUGAAAACAAUCUUGGAGUAAAAUGCAAAGUUGUCUGGGUCAUGCCAUCUACACCAUGCUUAGUGUUAGCUGGUGUCAGUAGCUACUGCUGCAAUGAUGCCGUUUCCAAAUCUGACAAACAGCUUGUGGAGUUGUUUUUGUGCAAGGUUGGCAUGUGUUUUGAAAUUCAGGAACGACUCAUGAAUGCAGGAGCUAUAUGCUGUGGAGCUGUUCCAGCAUUUUUGUUCACAGCGGCUGAUGCAUUAGCGGAUGGUUCUGUUAAAGUUGGUCUACAGAGGGAUCUUGCUCUCAAGAUUGCAGCUCACAACUUGAUUGGUGCAGGAAAAAUGAUGCUGGAGACAGGUCUGCAUCCUGCGCAGCUGAAGGACAAUAUAUGCUCUCCAAACGGGGCAACGAUCUGCGGAAUUCAUGCCUUGGAAAAGGGGGGCUUCCGCGACUGUUUGAUAUCUGCAAUUGAGGAUGGAGUUCAAAGAGCUGAACGCAUGUCUAAAGAUUAGAUUAUUUAUAAUUGAUUACAUUUUCAACUCAUUUAGAAUUUAGUCGGUUUGUACUUGUUAGCACUAGUAGAUUGGAAAUAAUGGAUGACUGCAGCCACUAUUUCCAAUAAUCUUAUGAAUGACCAAAAUUUACAUGAUAUAUGUAUUUAAUUUAAUAUUAAAUCAUCAAAUAUUUAAAAUAUGGACAAAUAAGUGAGAAUAUAAGCAGGCAAAGUGAAAAAUAUAACUUAUCCAACUACCAGACAGGGUUGCCAGUAAAGUAAACUUAGUUACUGUCAGUAUGGUAGACUAAUAUAAAUACAAGAAAACUAUUGAACAAAAUUAGCUUAUACACAAAUAUAUAUAUUUUCAACAAAAUCACCUUACACUUAAAAUAAAUAGUAGUUUAACUUAUAUUUUAAAUACUUAAUCCACUUUUCACUGGCAAAAUAGUUAAGUAGAUUCCUGAGAAAUAUAUUUAUGUUAAAAAGAUGUUCUUUAAUUUCAGUAGGAAGAUUAUCAUAGGUGUUUCAGGGAUCUUUUUUUCUGGGUUACAAUUUAUACAGGACAGGGUCUUAUAAAAUAUAAUAAAUAGGGUGGUGCUUUUUUUGGUUUGAUCAGAAACUAACUAUUCAAGUCCUGAAAUAGUUUUUAUAAUUGUUUUUAUAUUCUAUAAAGCAAUGGAAUUUUAUGAUACUUUCCCCAGGAUGUUGUUGUAAGGUCCUACAUGACGACAGUGUAUGUUGGUGGUGGGACAUGUGCAUACUCCUGGCUAUUGAAUAACAAAUUCUAAUUGGCUAGUUGCUAAGUUGGAGUGCAAGUCAGGCAGAGGUUUGCGACGUGUACUAGCUAAAAAGCAUGUACAAGGACACGCGUGUACACAUUUUUCGCCAUGUUCAAUAUAAAAACAAAGAGGCUUGGGCAGGUUUAGGUCACUGUUAAUUCAUUAUUACUGCCUAGAAUGUUCAAUAAAUCUUAUUUAUGCCAUAUUUAAUGCACAAGAAUGGGAAAAUUUAGCUUAGCAUAAGCCAUAAUUGCGAAAAUCUCUUAAAAUCCUGGAAAAUAUAGAAUUUUGGGGGGAUUGGGAGAUGAAUUAAAAUUGCUGGAGACUCCAGGGCAAUCUGGGAGACUUGGGAGCUCUGCAUUAUAAAUCGUCAUUGUCUUCCAUUUAUAUAGCGCAUACUACAAUGCAAUGUCUCUAUGCGCUUUCAAACCCAAUGUUAUGACCAAAAAAAAAAAAAUUUGCAUGUGUUAGUAGUUUUCAAUCAAUAAAUUUACCAGGGGAAUAUUUGAACUUGCUUUGCUAGAAAAUAUGGACAAUUCUGGGCCAUGUUAACAACUUCUGUUUCUUUUUUUUUUUUUGCACUCAUUAGGCUAAUCUUGAUGGGGGGGGGGGGAAUGCGAUCAGUGUUUUAAAAAAUGUUCAAAGAUUUGCCUUUAUUAAAAGAUUAAGGCCAGACAAUGCAAUAAUUAUGGAAAUAAUAAUUAUGUUACCUACUCAAUAUUAUGACAGCAUAGCCACAUUUUAAGAGGACUACCCAGCUAACAAUUUUACAUAAUAACGUUGCAGUUUGGUUUAAAAAAGAUUUUUUUUUUGUAUAGCCAUUAAUAUGUAAUUUCAUAACACAAUUUGUGACUUGAUAUUCUUCGCUACAACAUUGUGUUAACGCUAAUCUGUUUUCUGACUUAACAUAACCACGAUGUUCAUGAAUAAUAUGGUGACGUUUUUGUGUUUUUGCCCUUUUGUUGUAUUGAUGAUCCUUUAAACACUGAGAACUGAUUAAAACAUAACUACAGUAUUUCUAAAUUACUGUACGACUUCAAUGCACUGUAAUGUACUUAUAACUAAUAAAAGAUAUCUUUAUGGACGAAAA